GCGCCACAGUGAUGUUGCUGCACUUCCUUGUCCUGAAGCACGCGGUGAGUCGCCUGGCGCGCUCCUCAGCGUCCACGUUGCAGCUUCAUUACACGCUCAACGCAGCGCAGCGCGCACAGCAGCGCCCGUGCCAGGUGGACAGCGGCUGGGCGCAGCCACACCUCGCCCCAGAGCAGCUGCCAUUCCCUCCCAGCAAUCCCAGCCCACCUGGGCAGGGUGCUCACGAUGACAGCGGCCAGCAGGCGCAGCCCUCAAUGCACCUGGUGAGCCACAAGUUUGUGCUGGAGAGCAACGAUGUGGCGGAGACCCCCCGCAGCAUCGUGGCUGUGCAGCUGCUGGGCCCCUUCUCUGUCAGGCUUGGGGAGGCAGCCACCUUCUGCUGGCGGCUAGAGCGCGUGGGCUCCACUGGCGUUGUCGCUGAGGUGGCAUCGCUUGUCCCCUAUGAAGCUGUGGCUGACAGCGAUGCGUGGGCGCCUGCAGCUCCGCGCGUCAGCUAUGUCACGCUGCCCAGUCAGGCGGGGUCUUUUGUGACGGUGGAGGCGGCAUGGACAGCGGUCAGCCCGGGGGCGUUGCCUGUGCCGCAGCUGCGACUAAGAGAUGUUGCGCAGAAAGAGGUCUACGAUGGCGCUUCUGCCAGCAUCAUCACAUGCCAGGCCUGAUUUGGCCGCAUUAGCAAGUCUUGUUUGCCAGAACAUCCGGUAAUGUUUAUCUAUUUGCGCAGCAUGCAGCGGUGUUGCCCUUCAACGGGAGCUGCAGGCCCCAGCUAAAGACAUGAGCUAUGUAUUGGUGAAGCCUUGUUUGGGGCAAGAGUCUUCUGUUCAGUGUCGGACCUGGUGUUUUGGGAGGCAAGGAAAACCUGCCUGGAAUGAAAUGCACGAGUGUGCUUUAUUACCUGUAGUGUUGCAACUGACAAUUGAAUAUCUUGGCUGGAGCUAUAGUCAGGAACAGGACUGAUUUGAAGCAAAUAUCUAAUUCAUCAGAGUCACAGCGGCCAAGAGGGGCACUUACUAAGAGCUAAGGGCAAACUUUGUUGAACAUACACUAGUGCUGUUGGCAACUAAUCCCACAUAUGUGACCAAGGCCGUGACCACGUGGACACAGGGACUUAUUCCAGAUGCAUUGAAUGCCAUAUGGCAUCAAGACCCAUGUAAACUAUGACUAUUG